AUGGGCUCCACUCCUUCCACCCCCAAGACUGAGUUCAUGAACGGCAGACCAUCCUUCAAUGGUGCGACGAGGGUGCACCCGAUGUUUAACGGCCUUCUCUACCGCCUAAGCGACCGCAAGUCCAACCGCUGGGCCUUCUACAAUGACUCGCGCGACCACACCAUCCAUGUUGCCAUCCUCUUCGAUUACGACAGCCAGAUUGUGCCGCUUGGCUCCACCACGGCGUACCGCAUCGAUGACCCCGACCCAGGAUGCGAGGAUGACAUGGGAAAGUACCUCGCCGAGGUGGACGUGGCUCCGCUCGCGACGGAGAUGUUCGUAGAGGGCAGGGUCACCGGCUGGCGCGUUGACACGCUUGAGGCGAAGACGGCUGAAGAUGAGCAGAUGUACCGCUUGUAG